AUGGAUAUCACGCCUAAGACUUUCCCCUUCUUCCUUCCCAGGAUACUGGAUGACAUAGCGUCCUGCAGUUUCGUUUCUAUAGACUUUGAAUUUUCUGGAAUUGCGUGCUCUUCAAGUGGGCCAAAUAGCAAAAAGUCUACGCUACAGGAGCGUUAUGCGGAAGUCAAAGAAUCAGCCGAUAAGUAUCGAAUAGUGCAAGUUGGUCUGACAAUCUGUCAUGAAGACACCGAGUCAGGGACCUACAUUCUAAAACCCUAUAACCUUUACCUGAAUCCGACAAUCGACCGUAGAUUAGAAGUGGAGAGGGAUAUGUGUUUCCAAAGCAGCGCCGUUGAAUUUCUCUUGGGGAAUGGUUUCUGUUUGAAUUCCCUUUAUAAUAAUGGUGUUCACUAUUUGUCACGAGAAGAAGAGACAAUAGCCAUAGCCAGAGCUGCUGAGAGGUAUGGUCGUACCUCUGUGCGCAAAAUGAUCGACGUUAAGGAGACAGAACAUGACUCUCUGGCGUUCCUGGAGGAUGUGCGACAUCUUGUUGAUGACUGGCUUGCGCUUGGACAGGCUCGUGAGGCUUAUCUCAACAUACCCCCGCCAAAACACUACACCGCGUCUCGAAAGCCCAAAUUCAUGCCAUCGGUCUUGAACAACUUUCAAAAGAGGCUUGUUCAUCAGCUAAUAGAGGUCGAAUACCCGUCUUUAGUGACUAUCAGUAGGCCUGCUUUCAUUCAAGUCAUCGACUAUGACGAAGACCGCGAGAAGGCUACCCGAGAACAGAGGAUGGCUCGGGCUCGAGAGCAAGUCCGGAGACAGAUUGGAUUUAGAUGGAUUAUGGAGGCGUUAUCCGGUGGCGAUCUCUCAGAUCUUGGUCCAUUUUGUUUUGGGGGCAUAAUGAAAAACUCGAGAGCCGUGGAACCACAGGUCUCACUACACGAGUUUUCUGACAAAUUGCAGCAGUGCUUAAAAACCCGCCGGCCUGUGCUGGUAGGACAUAACCUUUUCACGGAUGUGGUAUAUCUUUAUCGCUGCUUUUUCGGUCUACUUCCGGAUAAGUUGGAAGAAUUCCAAGCAAUAGCUCAUGAGAUGUUUCCAAUUUUGAUGGAUACAAAAUACAUGGCUACGCACGAUUGCGGUUCCAUCAUCCCCAAAUCGUCUUUGAGCGAGAUCAACGAUAACCUUCUUCAUAUAAAUACCCCGAACAUACGUAUACAUGAUCAGCAUUCCAAAUAUAACAGCCAGAAAAUCGACCACGAGGCAGGCUAUGACAGCCUGCUUACAGCUCGGAUAUUUAUCAAGCUCUCUGCUCAGCUCCGUGACGGAGGCAUUUCCAAGCUCCUGGAACCGGUAGAAUUGAAAAGUCAGCCGGAUACUACGGGUUCGAACACUACAACCUUGGCUGCCCCAGAAAGCCUGAAGGACACUGCAGAGAAGGAAUCGAAGACGACACUCAAGGCACCGACGAGCACCAAGCUUGGCACGAGAUUUGAUGCGCUUGAUUUUGAAGAGAUUAAAGAUCAAGUUGAAAAUAUGGCGCUCAAAUCGCGUAAAUCUAGCAGAUCCGUCGACAUUACGCGGAAAGUCGCCAAUGGUGAACUAAUACCCCGGCAAGACGCAGAGUUUUGGAAGCUCUACGGUAAUAAGCUGCGGCCCUCGAUUGCCGACCCCAAAGUGUGCAGAAGCUGUCAAGAGACCCUUGUUCGCCGCAGUUAUUCCUCGGCCGCUGCACAGCCUUCUUCAGAAACUACCUCUACCGCUACAACUACCUUCCCCGUUGUGAAGCCCGUCUACACCAUCAAUGCCGGCGUGGCCCUAUCCCGCCCCCCUCAGAUUACCCGCGACCUCUCACAAUUUGAGAAAGCAUACUAUUUCUACCAGAAGCGACUGAACGAGCGUUUGGCGCUUCCAUUCACCAAAUACUUUUACUUUAAGCGAGGAACGCCAGCGGACGAAGACUGGAAGCGUAAAAUCCGGGAGCGCCAGACGCCCGCGCGUGACAUCGGCAAGUACAAUGCGUACUCGAAGGACGCAUGGAACGAUGAACUUCUCGUGGGAGCCGUCGAGGCCGAACCGGAGCAUCAGGUGGAGAUGCUUGUGCAGGAUGCGGAAGCCACAGUCAAUGCUACUUCCCAAGAUACCAGCAAGAAGGAGGAGAUCCCCAGGCCAUUCCCCCGAGUAACGGAGGCGGAUCAGAAGAACGACCAGAGAAGCCUGAACCGGGCCCUUCAGAGGACACUCUAUCUUCUGGUUCAGACUAAGGAGGGAUACUGGAAGCUCCCCAGCUCUCCGGUGGAGCAGGAGGAAACUCUUCGACUGGCUGCUGAACGUACUCUUGCGCAAGCCGCUGGUGUUAACAUGAACACCUGGAUGGUGGGCUUCCACCCCGUUGGCCACCACGUCUACAACUUCAAAAAGCCGAGGGUGGACACGGCCAAUGGCACGGAGCAUCUGGGCGAAAAGACUUUCUUCAUGAAGGCUCGAAUUAUGGCUGGACAGGCUGAUCUGGCUGCCAACACGCAGAAUCUCCAGGACUUCAAGUGGCUGACCAAGGAGGAGAUUGCCCCCUUUGUACUGCCACAGUACUACAGCAACAUCAAAAACAUGUUGGCUGAGCGGUAA